AUGGCUGCCACAGCAGCGGCUACGGCUGCUGCUGCUGCUGCUGCUGCUGCUGCGAUGGCUGCAGUGCCGCGGGUGGAAGAGUCUGGAGGCGGCGGCGAGUUCGAGGGAUACACAUGCCGGUCAUGCACGCUCAAGACGCCGCCUCCGGCGACGGCCUGUGCUGCCUGUGCGGCGCCGCUCCCUGCUCCCUGCCCGGCAUGCACGCUGAUCAACACCGAGCUGGCCUUUCAGUGCCGGGCUUGCGGCCUGCGGUUAGCGUCGUUCUCGGCGGCGUCGUCGGCGGCGUCAUCGGGUAACUCAUCGGACGCCGAGGCUUGCGGCCCUGCCGGCGCGGAGGUCGGCAGCGGUGUCGAUGAUGGUGACGAUGACGAGUGCAUUGCAGGUCCUUCGGGCCGCCGGCAGCCAGCGGCGGCACAAUGGGAGUGCGAGGUGUGCGAGAUGAUGAAUGGUGCCGAGGCGCGGCAGUGCGGGGUGUGCGGCACGUCGAGCUCGCUCGAUCCGGUGCUUGCCGGCUACUCGCUUCUGGCACCGGGCGAUGACGACGGCGAGUAUGGCUGCAGCGGUGGAUUGCACGAUAGCAGCGACGACAGGCCGUACGAGUCCGAGUAUGUGCCGUUUGUACGGCCGGGCGGCGGCUUGGCCACCGGGUGCCUGGCGUGUGGGUACGAGGAUCCGGAUGCCGGCGCCGUGGAGUGUCCGCUCUGCGGCUACGCCGAGGCGGCGGGAUGGACGUGUGUGGCAUGCGAUACGGUGAACGCGGGGAACGCGGACAAUUGCGCAAUGUGCGCGACGCCGAACCUGCUCCACGGAUGAGGCAAGGCGAGCGUAGUUUUACUUGGCGACCCACUCGGCCCGGUCCUCCACAUUGGAGACGUCCUUGACGCCAAAGUCGGGGCUGUCCGCAAGCUCAAAGUCG